AUGGAUGUGCCGCUCGCUGUGGGAAUCGGGCUCAUUGCGAGCUUCGUGCAAAGCCUUGGCAUAACAAUCCAACGGCGCUCGCAUAUCCAGAAUGAGCGCUUGCCAGAAUCACAGCGACAGCCUGAAUGGCUCCGUCCUUUAUGGGUGAUUGGAUUCGUCAUAUUUCUCGGCGCCAAUAUUAGUGGCACGCUAUUCCAGAUCGGCACAUUACCAGUCGUUAUUCUUGCCCCACUCGGCGCCGUGAGUCUCUUGUACAAUGCGCUGCUGGCACGUGUCAUGCUUGAUGCCUUUUUCUCGUGGCACAUGCUCACUGGCACAUGCCUCAUCGCCAUCGGUGCCGUCCUAAUCGGCUACUUUGGCACCGUGCCGCAUUCACCACGCACACUAGAUGAGCUGAUCGCCUUGUAUGAACGUCCUGCUUUCGUGGCCCUUGCUGUUCUCUAUUUAUUGGUCUUUGUUAGCCUGCUGACGAUGGCGCAUCUCACGGAAUGGCAGCUCACGUGGCACUCGGUCCAAGCGUUUCAACGGCGUGCCUAUCGCCGCCGCCCACGCUUUGGCCUGCGCCGGUACUUGCCAGUGCCCUCUCUGGCAACAGUGGCAGAGGUCAGCGAAAAUAGUUCUGGCAUCACGUCGCCACUUCUCCAGAACACAGAGGACGACCGCGUCGAUAAAUUGCUCUCAGGCGAUGUUCGAGCCAUCAAGCACAUGCGCGGCACGCUUCCCGAAAAUCCCGCGUCGUCGUCAUCGUCAUCAUCCGCUCAUUCUCAGUACGGCGCCAUAUCGAACCCGGAUGGUGCAUUUCAUGCAAAAGAUGUACCAGAAACCACACGUAAGUCGAGACCCUCCCUGAUGACAUCGCGCUCGGCACCAACAUUGCCGGUGUCCUCAGCCGCUGCUGGAACACGGUCUUCCCUUUACGAUUCCCCGAGCUUGCGGCCGACGGUCCUUGCUCUCGCUGUCGUAUACAGUUCAGCUAGCGGGACGCUCAGUGGCAUUUGCCUGCUGAUGGCAAAGAGCGGCGUUGACUUGCUAAUACUCUCGCUGCAGGGCCGCAAUCAGUUUGGUCACUGGAAGAGCUGGCUGCUUGCUAUAGCGCUUUUGAUUGCUGCGCUUCUUCAACUGUGGUACCUGCACAAGAGUCUUAAGCUGGCCGAUCCAGUCUUGAUUGCACCUCUGGCAUUUUGCUUCUACAAUAUUUCGUCUAUCACACUUGGACUCGUGUACUUUGACGAUCUCUCGCGUCUUUCUUGGUUGAGUGUCCUUAUGGUAACGACCGGCACGGUGCUUCUUCUCUGGGGCGUUUGGAUCAUUAGUUUGCAUAAACAAAGCUCGACAGAAAUGACUUCCGAUCCCACUGGAGCCGUGCAAGCGUCGUCAUCCCAUGCUGGUGACCGGACAUCCUGUUCUGGCCAUGUGGAAGCGCCGCCUCCCUCAUUCUUGGUACCAUCUUUGAAACUGUAUGUCCAUCGGCGUAUGCACAGCUCUGCGGCCCAACUUGGCAUCAGGACACGUUCGUCAUCAUCGAUCUCCCUCGAUCACACACCUCCAUUCGGCACUGACCACGCACACGAAUCGCCCAGCACUCACCGAACCUCCUGGUUUGCUAUGCUGGCGGAGCGCGGUCUCAGUGUAGGAUUGAGUCCCAGCUCGCCAGGCUUUCAUGUCCAGCCGCAUCUGCCUCACCAUCGCAUGUCGACGCCUUCGUCCGCAUUACGGCACGACAUCGAGGAGCAGCAUCCUCACUAA